AUGUUGCGCAUAUCCCAGGCCUGUGGCUUGGACACCCUGGGUGUGGGCGGGGCCCAGGGGCCCGACGGCGCCUGGUACUUAAGCCUCGCCUUCGGAUGCUCGUCUUCCGAAUCCGCGUGCAAGUGCGGCAUUGUCGCCGACGAUGGAACGGCGGCCCUUGAAGACCCGGCGCCAGAACUGCCGGGGCCGGGUGACGUCAUCACUCAGUCGUCCGUGCCGCUGAUGUCAAGCGUCGGGGAAGCCGCCUUUUUCAAGGGCGACGGGGAGGACCGGUGCCGACAGAACGUGACGGCAGAAUGCUCAAACCGCAACCAACCGAUUUUCGUCGCCGCCCAAUCAGCAAUCGACAAGGACGAGGCCUGCCCAACAGACAAUCUGCUCGGGUCGGGGCUGAGCAUGAGCGAGAUAGCUAACCAGAUUGCCGCCUGCAUCAACGCCUACAGGGAGCUGCCGGACGCUUUCUCGGACGACUUGUUUUGCGAGUACGACUUCAGGCUGGAGGUCGUUCAGCCACCCAGGACGGGGCUGGCGUUUUCAGUUCAGGAGACCCAAGGGCCCGCGCAGCCGCUGGACAUGUGA